CAGGAACCUGCUGAUGUACAUUUGGAAGAACGACUUGUAGCGAAUAUUAACAGAGGAUCGAGAGCUGGAAGGUGUGUCUUCAGAUUCACCCUAAUUUUGGAAUUCCCUGUUAAGGAUUAUGGUUUCUUACAGAUUAACUGCCACAAUGGAUAAAUACGAAGUAAUUAAACUCCUUGGUGAAGGAGCGUUUGGAAAAGCUUUCUUAGUUGAAGCUAAAGAUGACAACAGGCAGGUUGUAGUAAAAGAGGUUAAAACAGCAAAGAUGCACUGGAAAGAAAAAGAAGCUUCCCUUAAAGAAGUGACAUUUAUGGAAAAAAUGAAGCACCCCAACAUUGUUACAUUUUUGGAUUCAUUUGAAGAGGGGCAAAACCUGUAUAUAGUCAUGGAGUAUUGUGACGGUGGUGACAUGAUGCGUAGAAUCAACAUGCAGCAUGGAGUUUGCUUUGCAGAGGAGCAGGUCUUGGACUGGUUUGUGCAAAUCUGCUUAGGGCUGAAGCACAUUCAUGACAGGAAGAUCCUGCACAGAGAUAUCAAAACACAGAACAUUUUUCUUUGUCAUAAAGGAGUGACUGUAAAACUUGGAGACUUUGGAAUAGCACGCAUGUUGAACAAUACCAUGGAGUUAGCACAUACGUGUAUUGGCACACCAUACUAUUUAUCCCCAGAGAUAUGUGCAAAUCAACCAUACAAUAACAAAACUGAUAUUUGGUCUCUUGGAUGUGUCCUGUAUGAGUUAGCCACUCUGAAUCAUCCAUUUGAAGGCAAUAAUUUGCAUCAGUUAGUGGUGAGGAUCUGUAAAGGUCACUAUGCCCCGAUAAAUCCCAGAUACACCUAUGACUUGAGAAUGUUAUCAGCCCAGUUGUUCAAAGUUAACCCACGUGAUCGACCAUCCAUCAAUUCAAUUUUAAAAAAGAAGUUCCUGGAAAAGCGUAUUAGAAAAUACCUAAGCCCUGAGCUAAUAAAGGAAGAGUUUAGUCACACGGUCAUUCAUAAGAAGAAGUCACCUGCAUCAAGACCUGCAGCAGCUACCUCACAACCAGCUCCAAAGACACAGAAAGCUAAAUGUGAGGUGAAGCGGCCACCAAGGCCACUGAUGAAUAAAAAGCAAUUACCAGCUCAUUCUGAAUGGAAACCAUUAGCAGUGGUCAACAGGCCAAAUAUCAAGCAAUUUAACCAUCUAUCAGCUGCAAAGCCACCAUCUUCCAAGAUCGAAGGGCGAUAUGAACACUACCAUGGUUAUCUAGAUUACAUAGAGAGAAGAUCAAAUGACCACAUAACUCCAGCUGCGCCUUAUUAUAACUUCCUAAUUGAAGAUUACAGAGAGGGAGUGAAUCAUGAUCCAAUCCAGUGGCCAUAUGCAGUGCAUGAAGAAUACAUUCAGAGAAAAUUGGAAGCACAACAGUAUAAGAUUAAAGUAGAAAAACAGUUGGGAAUACGUCCUCGUUCAUCAGACCCUUGUGAACAUCAAAUUCAGAAUCCAGAUGUACAGGCUAAACAAUGUGCUGAGCAGCAAGCUAAGAAAAAAGCAGCAAAAGAUGAGGAAUAUUGUCAGCAACUGAAGGAAAUCAGGCAGCAGUACCAUAAUGAGGUAAAAGAAAUUAAAGGAAAAAUGGAAGUAAAAGAGAAUCAUCCAGGUAUAUCAGCUGAGACGUAUCAUAUUGAUCGAGAGAAAUCUACUGAAGAAGUGGCUGAGCUUCAGGGGCAAAGCAAAGGGAAAGAGCCUGUUAAGGUCAUGGAGGAAGAUCUGAAGCAAAUGGGAUUGCAUCACCAAGUGGAAAUGAAAGCAUUAGAGCACAAACACAAAUUAAAGGGAGGAAUAAAAUUUGAGAUAAUGUUGGGUGACGAGGUGACUCAUGAAGAUUCCCAAGAGGAGGAAUUGGAUAUAUUAAAUCAAACAUUGACGCAUGAACAAGGAGACAACCUUAAACAGAAGAAAUGGCAGUUCAUUGAGGCAGGAAGUGUUCUAGAAGAUCUUGCAAACAAAACGUUAGAAGUAACAUCUUCUCAAAUGGAAGCCACCUCCAAAACUGAUGAGGUUAUGGUAAUGGAUGCAAAUGGUCCAAGAAACAAAAAUCAGUGGGAACAAAAACCACCAGAUACUCUGCUGAAUGCACUAAUGGCUGCUCAGCUGUCGUCAGUGUGUCUGACCAUUUGUGAAGAUGACACACUGACUCCUUUGAAACCUACAGAAGAGAGCAGCGAUCCCAAAUCAAAUUCUGCCUCUGAAAUAGAAGUAGAUAAGGAACGUCUGGAGCCUAACUCUGAUGAUGAUGACACAAAUUUUGAAGAAUCAGAAGAUGAACUCACAGAGCAGCUGGUGGGGUCUUUGCAAGAUCUAAUUCAUCCAGAGGAGAAAACACAAGGUAGUGAUGGGAAAGGAAUCAACCAAAUGCCCGAUGAAGAAAGAGAGCAGGAGAAUGAAGGCCACAGGGAAAUGCAUGCUUCUGGUUCUGAGAGAGAGCCUGAGGAAUGCUGUGAUGUAAAAGAUGUAUCUGCACCUGAUCCAGACAAGGAUUAUACAGAACAAAAUAGGACAAUUGCCUGA